AUGCCUCCUUCCGGCCGUCAUGGACCACAGGGCCUCUAUCCGAAUUUCCAGCAUAUGCAGCAGUCACAAUAUCAACAAAAUCAACAACCCCACCAACACCAUCAAGCGCAGCACAACGCUAUGCAGUUGCCUGCAGCUGGGCUUGGAGGUCAUCCAGGCUUUAUGUCUGGAAUGUCACUGCCAGGUUCGAACAUGAACAACGGCGGUUUCGACGGAGCUAGGUUAGCAGAUGGUGGAGGCACAGGAUUGGCUAGUCAUUCUGCGCAAAUGAGCUUUGCAAGGGGAGGGCAGAUGCCACCACCACAAGGGCGCGUUUUGGACGGUAAUGAUGGAAAGGCAGGUCAAGCAAAUAGCAGAAUACGAAAUGUAUGGAAAAGCAAUCUUGCUUCGGAAAUGAAGGCAUUGAGGCAGCUCGUGGACAAGUAUCCUUACAUUGCCAUGGAUACAGAGUUUCCUGGAAUUGUGGCACGUCCAAUUGGACAAUUCACAACCAAAGCGGACUAUCACUACCAGACGUUGCGCUGCAAUGUCGACCUCCUGAAAAUGAUUCAGCUGGGAGUAACCUUGUUCGCCGACGAUGGCAGCUUACCGGCUCCAACUGAUCCCGCAAACCCUCAGCCCAACUACCUGACUAACUUCAUACCUUCGCCAUAUUCGUGGCAAUUCAACUUUUCUUUCUCCUUAGCAUCCGACAUGUACGCACAAGAGUCAACGACAAUGCUCGAGAAGGCUGGCAUCGACUUCUCGGCACACGAAAAGAAUGGAAUCGAUCCCAAGGACUUCGGUGCUCUUUUGUACUCCAGCGGACUUGUGCUCGAGGAAGAUGUUAAUUGGAUCUCAUUCCACUCUGGCUACGAUUUUGGAUACCUGAUGAAAAUCAUGCUGCAGAAACCACUUCCAGAAGACGAAGAGGAAUUCCACAAGCUGCUUACAAUCUUCUUCCCAAGCUUAUAUGACAUCAAAUUCCUCCUGAAGCAUGCUGCGCGCAAUCAAACAGUCAACAACAACCAGCAGCUCACAGCUGAAGCCGGAACUAUCCUGCAGAAACUGCAGACCAAGUCGGGCUUACAAGACAUUGCAGAUGAGCUUGGCAUAAACCGAGUCGGUAUCGCACACCAGGCCGGUAGUGACUCCUUGCUUACCGGGCAGGUCUACUUCAAGAUGAAGGAGAAGAUCUUUGGUGGCGACAUCGACCACGAGAAGUAUUCAGGGCAGGUGUGGGGCUUGAACGGGCAGAUGUCCGCAGCCACGAACAGAGAUUUUGCAACGCCGAACAUGAAUGGAGCUACAUUCUACAAUGCUAAUGGCACACCCAGUACACCGCAAACCAACAAUGUGGGCCUGGCUCAGCAGAAUCAUACUCCUGGGCCGCAGGCGAAUCAUGGCGGUAUGGGACAUCUGACGCCAGGCGGUGUCGGUGGAUUUGGCCAGUUUCAAUACGCUAAAGCGUGA